AUGGUUAGCUUCUUCUGUCUCUCAAUUGUGAUGCUUGUCAGUGUAAACGUGGUUUUUACUACCAAUGAUGUCGAAUUUAAUAAACAUCAUACAAAUCGAUUAUCUCGUAACAACGAUCACCAACGUCCUAUUCGCACCAUUUUGGGCAAAUUAAUCGACCUGGAAACCAAUACAAUCUAUAAUAUAGAUGGCCAGAAACAGCAAGGUUCAUCAUCGGGAGCAUCAUCCAUGUCUCAUGAACCAUCAGCCAGAGAUAUUGAAGACUUCGCUUGCCUUGAAGCUUGCUUCAGAUGUGUCGAAGAUCACACGUUUGCAAUGCGCAAGAAAAAAGCAGCCGAUAAUUGUGGACCUAUGUGCGACUGUGCUGACAGUUGUUCUCGUAUACCCAUCGAAGAAAUUAAUAAAACUUACGGACACGACGCAGCUUCACGAGGUGAUAAAGGCUGUUUUUGGAGAACAUAUACUCAAGUACUUAACAAUAAAAUCACGCCUUUACAAUAA